AAGGUAAAGCAGCAAAGAGGAUCCGGAUCCAUAUAUCUUCCCUACUUACACACCCGCGUAGAAGAACUAAUAUACUUUUCAUUAGCUCAAGCACUGCCUUUCAUUGUGCUUAAUUAAAAGGCAAACCUUUGUACAUGUGCGUUGUUUUGAAACAUCUCAUCACCACACUAAUUAUCUCACACUCAAAGCUAUAGACCAAAUUAAAAUGAAAGGAAACAACCCCUAUUUGGUUGUGAUUCUCAUACAAACCAUAUAUGCUGCUAUGAUUCUUCUCUCAAAAGUGGCAUUCGAUCAUGGCAUGGACAGUUUUAUCUUCGUCUUCUAUAGACAGGCAGCAGCAACCCUCUUUUUGACCCCUUUCACUUUCUUCUUCGAAUGGAAAACUGCACCACCUAUGCCUUUUUGGACCUUCUGCAAGAUUUUUUUCAUUUCUUUAUUUGGGAUUACUUUAACCUUGGAAAUAUAUGGUAUCGCCCUUAUUUACACUUCAGUAACUUUGGCUGCUGCUACUUCAAACUCUCUUCCAGCAAUCACCUUCUUCUUGGCACUCCUACUAAGGAUUGAGAGUUUGAAAAUAAAGACGACCCCUGGGAUUGUUAAGUUGAUAGGCAUUGUGGCAUGCUUGGCUGGUGCAGCAACCCUUGCCUUUUAUAAAGGUCCUCCUUUGAAAUUUUUAAGCCAUUAUCACCUUUUGGAUUACCAUAAAACCCUACAACAUCAAGGUCGUGCUCCAUCCGGUGCGUGGAUAAAGGGUUGCUUCCUCAUGAUCCUCUCCAACACGUGUUUCGGGCUAUGGUUUGUACUACAGGCUUUUAUUAUAAAAGUAUACCCUUCAAAGCUGCUCUUCACAACUAUUCAGUGUUUCUUAAGCUCAAUUCAGUCUUUGGUCAUUGCCUUGGCAGUAGAAAGGGACAUUGAGCAAUGGAAGUUAGGUUGGAAUGCCAGGCUCCUCGCCGUAUUAUAUUGUGGAAUUAUGGUCACGGGCGUAACAUACUACUUACAAACAUGGGUUAUAGAGAAGAAAGGACCCGUGUUUCUAGCCAUGUCAACUCCACUGGUUCUUAUUAUUACAACCUUCGCUUCUGCAACCAUCUUGGGUGAGAUUAUCAGUUUGGGAAGUCUUCUCGGAGGAUUCAUAUUGAUUCUAGGAUUGUACAGCGUAUUGUGGGGAAAGAGCAAAGAGCAUCACAUGCCAAAAGUCUCACUAGACGUGGAGCAAACAUCGAGUAAUUAAAUGAGAAUCAUGAGAUUGCAAUUGUGAUGAUAUGCGGAGAACCACGGAAGAAAGGGAUGGAUAUAUACUUUGGAGUGAUGCAAAAAAUUUGCUAGCAACUAAUAUAUCAUAGCAUUAAAGCGCUUAAAGCCUACAGAGAUUUGCCAAAGACAAAAUGUAAAUGUAAAUGCUUGACUGACCCCUUUUUUUUUUGGCGAAAACAAGGGGUCAAUUAUCUUUCCAUCACAAUAUAUAUAUAUAUGAUAAAUCAAGCUAAAAUACUAGAGAA